AUGUGGAGUAUGCUACUUGGAAAAAAGAGGAAAAGUUCCCCCAUCUCCAACCCGCACUCAUCGUACAACACGCUUAAACCGGAGGAGCUUGGAUACAAGCAGAAGUUCCCUAAGAAAUAUGCAAGGGAGAUCCAUUUCCCAGCGGAGUUGACCGAAAACGAGAUGAGACAGCGUGCCAUCCUGCAGGACCUAGACGAGAAGGAGCAGCAUCUGGAUCAUUUGAAGAAAUCACAGAGAGUGGUUUACAUCGAUAAGCCUGUUGAGAAGGAGGACGUGGUUCGAGAACCUGUUGACAUCCAGAAAGUCCCAAAGAUCCCAUACAGCGAGUAUGGCCAGUGCAACGAGGCUGAAUUCAGGAACCCAGUGGCCACGCCGGAGACCCCCGAGGAGGUUGUCAUUUACAAGCACCUGAAUGGCACGAACAAAGCGUACUCCAAGGAGAUCUUCGAUAACAUCCAGCGUGACAUCUGCAACCACAACGCCUGGCUGUUGUCAAGGGAGGGGAAGGCCAACGAUCAAUGCGCUACCAAAAUGGAGGAGUACAAUAAGCAAUUAGCAGUUUUGGAUGACCAGAUCAAGAGUGAGAAGGCCGCGAUGAACAAUCUUCGCAGAAAGCAGCAGAGGGCAAUAGACCUCAAUGAAAACAGGCUGACCAAAACUUUCUUGCUCCAAACGCAGCAGUUCACCGCGGAGAAGAACAAAAUUUACAAGGAGACGGAGCGUCUCAACUUCGCAAUCCGGAAACACCAGGAUAAGAACCGCCAGGGGAUCUUGCCCGAUGACGCCUCGCACGACACAGUGACCGUGGAGGAAACCGUGUACGUUUAG